UCAUGCGGCGCUAGGUCGGCUCCCACUUCCACACAUCGGAGUCUCGCUCAGUUUUUGUGUGUGUGACAGCAGUCAGCGCCAUGCAGCCGCUCCAUUGCUGAGAGCUGGACCACGGAGCCGCCCCCCGCUGCCACCCUUCUCCUCACAGAGCCCGCCGGGAAUGGAAGUUGCUGGGCUGUGAGUGCCAUGGCAGAGGGGCCGGACGGGGCUUGUGAGCUGUGCCCGGAGCACGGCCGGGGCAGGGAACGUAGGAGCGGUGUCACCGAGGCCAGCCUGGUGGAAGCGGCCAAGGCAGCACCCAGGAGGAGCAGCAUCAUCAAGGAUCCUGCAAACCAAAAACCUGGUAGGAAGAAAACUGUAUCCUUCAGCAGCAUGCCGUCAGAGAAGAAGAUAAGCAGUGCCAGUGAUUGCAUUAGUUUCAUGCAAGGGGGCUGUGAAUUAAAGAAAGUUCGUCCAAACUCUCGUAUCUACAGUCGUUUUUUCACACUUGACACUGAUUUGCAGGCUUUACGUUGGGAGCCUUCUAAAAAAGACCCUGAAAAGGCAAAAUUGGACCUCUCUGCCAUCAAGGAAAUACGACUUGGCAAGAACACAGAAACAUUCAGGAACAACGGUCUGGCAGACCAGAUUUGUGAGGACAGUGCAUUUUCAAUAAUUCAUGGAGAAAAUUAUGAAUCUUUAGAUUUAGUGGCUAAUUCAGCUGAUGUGGCCAAUAUCUGGGUCUCGGGGUUAAGAUACUUAGUCUCUCAUAGUAAACUACCACUGGACUUGGGCGAAGGUGGGCAGAACACACCUAGAUUCAACUGGCUCAAAUCCAUCUUUGACGCAGCAGAUGUAGAUGGGAAUGGCAUUAUGUUAGAGGAUACAGCAGUUGAUCUAAUCAAACAACUCUCUCCUGCUAUCAAAGAAACCAAGGUUAGAUUAAAGUUUAAAGAAAUCCAAAAGAGUAAAGAAAAACUUACCACCAGAGUGACCAAAGAAGAAUUCUGUGAAGCAUUUAGUGACCUUUGUACAAGACCAGAGGUAUAUUUUCUACUUGUGCAAAUUUCCAAAAAUAAAGAGUACCUCGAUGCAAAUGAUCUACUAUUAUUCUUAGAGUCUGAGCAAGGGAUGGCUCAGGUAACAGAAGAUAUGUGUUUGGACAUUAUACGAAAGUAUGAGCUCACUCAUGAAGGACGUUUGAAGGGUUUUCUUACCAUUGAUGGUUUUACUAAGUAUCUUUUGUCCCAGGAAUGUGAUAUAUUUGACCCUAUCCACAAAAAGGUUUGCCAGGAUAUGACACAACCAUUGUCACACUAUUAUAUCAACUCCUCCCACAACACAUACUUAAUAGAAGACCAAUUUAGAGGUCCAGCAGAUAUUAAUGGAUACGUGAGGGCACUAAAAAUGUCUUGCAGAAGCAUCGAGCUUGACGUCAGUGAUGGGCCAGAUAACGAGCCAAUCAUUUGCAAUCGAAAUAGCAUGACCUCACCAUUAGCCUUUCGUAAUGUUGUUGAAGUAAUUAACAAAUAUGCCUUCAUCUCUUCUGAGUGUCCUCUUAUUCUUUGCAUUGGCAACCACUGCUCUAUACAACAGCAAAAGGUAAUGGUGCAGCAUAUCAAGAAGAUCUUUGGGAGUAAACUCUACACAGAAAUGCCUUUGCCAGCAGAGUCCUACCUUCCCUCUCCUGAAAAACUUAAGAAAAAGAUUAUUGUAAAAGGUAAAAAACUGCCAUCAGAUUUUAACCUCUUAGAGGGAGAGGUCACCGACGAAGAUGAGGAGGCAGAAAUGUCUCGAAGAAUGUCAGAAGAUUACUUUGGAGAACCGAGGUUGAUCAAGCUUUGUAGAGAACUAUCAGAUCUAGUGUCAAUUUGCAAAUCUGUGCAGUACAAAGAUUUUGAUGUCUCUAUGAAAAACCAAAAUUAUGGUGAAAUAUGCUCUUUUAGUGAGAGCCAAGCUAGUCGGAUUGCUAAUGAGUAUCCAGAAGACUUUGUAAACUACAAUAAAAAGUUUUUAUCCAGGGUGUAUCCUAGUCCAAUGAGGAUAGACUCAAGUAACAUGAACCCACAAGAUUUUUGGAAUUGUGGCUGUCAGCUUGUGGCUAUGAAUUUUCAGACUCCAGGUCCAAUGAUGGAUCUCAACAUUGGUUGGUUCCUUCAAAAUGGGGGUUGUGGGUAUGUCCUUCGACCAUCCAUCAUGCGAGAUGAAGUAUCGUAUUUCAGUGCAAACACUAAAGGUGUUGUGCCUGGUGUAUCGCCUCAGGUUCUUCACAUCAAAAUCAUCAGUGGACAGAAUUUUCCUAAACCAAAAGGAGCAUGUGCAAAAGGGGAUGUGAUUGACCCAUAUGUCUGUAUUGAAAUUCAUGGCAUCCCUGCGGACUGUGCAGAACAAAGGACUAAGACCGUGCAGCAAAAUGGUGAUAACCCCAUUUUUGAUGAGAGCUUUGAAUUUCAGGUAAACCUCCCAGAGUUAGCCAUGGUGCGUUUUAUGGUUCUUGAUGAUGACUAUAUUGGAGAUGAAUUUAUCGGUCAGUAUACUAUACCCAUUGAGUGUUUACAGCCCGGAUAUAGACAUGUGCCUCUGCGCUCUUUUGUUGGAGACACAAUGGAGCAUGCAAAACUGUUUGUUCACAUUGCAAUCACCAGCCGAGCAGGAGGUGGAAAAGCUCAAAAACGUGGAUUAUCUGCAAGGAUAGGGAAAAAAGCCAGAGAGUACACAAUGCUACGAAACACUGGCCUUAAAGUUGUAGAUGACAUCUUCAAACUUGCUGUUCAUCCUCUGAGGGAAGCCACUGAUGUCAGGGAAAACUUGCAGAAUGCACUGGUGUCCCUGAAGGAGCUCUGUGGACUUCCUACCAGCUCCAGCCUCAAACAGUGCAUGCUGUCUCUGGCGUCCCGUCUUGUGAAUAGCGACAACACACCUUCUGUGAACCUAAUCAUGAAGGACAACUACCCUUAUUUGGAAUCACUGGGAACAAUACCUGACGUUCAGAAGAAACUGCUCAACGCCUAUGAAAUGAUGAUACAAGAGAGCCGAUCUCUGAUUGAGGGAGCAGAUGGAAUCCACGAGAAGAUAUUGCAGUGCCAGAAAACAGGGAUGGAAUUUCACGAGGAACUGCAUAGUCUGGGGACAAAGGAAGGACUGAAAGGCAGAAAACUCAGUAAAGCCAUAGAAAGCUUCGCCUGGAACAUCACGGUGCUGAAGGGCCAAGGAGAUUUACUGAAGAAUGCCAAAAAUGAAGCAAUGGAGAACAUGAGACAAAUCCAGCAGGCUUCUAUUUCAAGUGGUCUAAGCAAAGCUUCAAGUACAGCAACUGACGCAAAGUCCAAACGAGGCCUGGAAGCAAUUGAAGAGAAGGAUACAGGAGAAGAAAAUGGCCGCUUGUGAGGAAGAGAACCUUCCUUCGCCUACCAGAGCUGCUGUCAGGUGUACAAGGGUACUCAGAUAUCCACACGUAGAGUACCAUUUCUUGUGGUUACUGUUUCAACCUCACCUUCACAAUUAUGCCUACAAUUUUUGUAAUAGUGAAUGAAUGUGUGAAGAGGAUUUUUUAACACUGACCACAAAGGCUUGGAUUGAAAAUGACAAAUUGUGCCAUUUCAUAUACAUUAUACUUACUCUGCAGAGUUUAUUACACCUGACAUCAUUUCAGUAGUAAAAAAAAAUUGCAGCUCUGAGGCCUCUGAGUAAUGUUCUGUCUGUCAAGGACACUUUUUAUAAGAUGUGAAGGAAAAGGUGUUCUCCCAGUUUUUCAUGAUGUAUUGGUAUGGAUUAGCAGAGUUUAGUUUUAGUAAUUUAUGGCUAUUAAAGUGUAUAAAAUCUAGAACCAAUCCAGAGCCAAGUAUGUUCCACAGAGUGUUCUGAAGAUAUCUGGGAGAAGAAACCAAGCACCCACCAUGCUUUCUAACACUGGCUAUUUUAUGAGAGACAAUUUCUGUAAAAGUAUGCAGCCUUUGACCCUACAUUUAUUACCGUACAUAUUUUCACAUUAACUAGUAAUUUAACAUUCUGACAUUUCACCUUUUUAAUAACGAUUAUGAAGAUCUCUUCUGGAGAUAAUCUAUUAGUUACCUGGAUCAUGUGGUGUUCUUCAACUAAAGAAAUGUACUUGUUAGUUGCUUAGGUUCAAAUGUAGCCCAUGGAAAACAGCAGUCACAUACUUACAUGAGUGCAAUAAUACAAACACUGUACAUAUAAGGAUCUGUCUAUUUACCCUGGUCUAAUAAGCAAUAUAAGGGCAUCUCAAGUAAAUCGAUGUUACAGAGGUUGGCCAUUUAGUUCAAUCCUUCUUUAUUAGAAGGGUUCCCCCAAAAAUAGGCUGAAAAUACCAAGUAGUUGCGUGUAAUGUAAAGAGGAAUGUUUUGGAAAAUCUUCAGUUUUCCUUCAAUGCCACCACAGGGGAACAGAAACAAUGAGCUGUCUUUUUCAAGUAUGGAAAGGCCAGGUCGUCCAGAGAGAGACCCUAGCUGCUCUCUACUCCAUUUUAUUGCUGAAAGUCUCAAGGAAGGACUCAUUUUUAUCAACUCGGAGUACCCUAGUAGGGUUUUUAAAUGAGCACUUUGAAAUGUCAAUGACAUGUUGAAUGUGAACAGAACUGGUGUCUCGUCCCAAUUCCUGUAAAAUUCAUACUGGACAGUCUUAAACCAAAGUUGGUUAAAAGACUUGAAGCUUUGGUAGCAACUACAGGUAGUGACAGGAAGGAAAUGUCUGUUACACUGGCAGAGCAUCGGGCAAAUAAUCGCUAACAAGCAUGUGUAGGAAUGCUCAUUAGCAAUGAUCUGGUCUGCCAGUGUAAAGGUGCCAGCAAUUAC